AUGGAUGGUGUUAUUAGUACACAUUUGUAUAAAGCGAAGGAAACUAUGGAAUUAUUUUAUGUCCAUAAUUUAAACACAACUUCAAUUACAAAAUUUGAACAAUUACCAAACGAGCUGUUACUAAUGUGUUUUCAUUAUUUUGAUUUCUUUCAUUUAUAUGAAAUAUUUUUCUAUUUAAAUCAACGUUUUAAUCAACUAAUUCAAUAUGAAACAAAAAUUCACAUUGAUUUAUCUUUAAUUCCAUCUAGAAAAUUUUUAACAUUUUGUUUUCAAUUAAAUCAAUUAAUAACAACUAGUGAAAACUAUCCUUUAUCGAUUGUAGUUCAUGAUAAAUACAGAAUUAAUUUAAUAUUAGAAGAUGAUUUAUUUAAAGAUAAAUUUUCUAAAUUAAAAUCAUUAUCAUUAUCAAAUAUCAACGUUGAAAUUGUAUAUUCUAUAAUAUUUGAUAAAACAGCAAAAUUGUAUGAAAGCUUAGAACAAUUAAGCUUACUGGAUGGAAUCGGUGCAAAACAUAGUGGAGUCUUUGACAGAGAAAAUUUAUGUUGCAAAUUGAUAUCAUCCAAAAUGAAAUCAUUAAAAUAUUUGAAUUUAAAUUUUAAACCACAUUGCUGUGCAUCUGAAUGUGAUAUCUCUGAUAGGUAUCAUACAACAACAACAACAAUAGCCUUUGAUACAAUGACAGAAAAUUUAUUACCGUAUCUACCAGAAUUAAGAAACUUAAUAAUAAAUUCAAUUGAUUUUGAACUUUACGAUUAUCGCCAACAAUACAGAGUGCCUUGUCGUGAAGAAAUAUCACUUCGUUCGUAUCGAGAACAUUGGACGAAUCACGAAGAAAUGGGAUCACCUGUUGUCGAAGGAUAG